CUAAGCCGUGGCCCAAUGCGAAAGCGAGGCCGAGCAGAGGGCGGUCGGGGAUUGGCCGGCCGCGGUGCUGGCGCGGGUCGAUUGGCCGGGCCCGCGGAGGCGGUGCGGAAGCGCGCUCCGCUGAGGGCGGCGGGGUGGCGGCGGUGCCGGCCGGGCUGCGGCGCGAUGAGGGGCGGCUGCCGCCUCUUCCCGCUCCUGCUCCUGGCGCUGCUGCGCGGGUUGUGUCACGGCAGGGAGCCGGCGCCGGGCGCUGUUACCUGCGGAUCGGUGCUGAAGCUGCUCAACACCCGCCACAGCGUGCGGCUCCACUCGCACGAGGUCAAGUACGGCUCCGGAAGUGGGCAACAGUCGGUGACAGGAGUUGAAGCUUCAGAUGAUGCUAACAGUUACUGGCGGAUUCGUGGGAAGAGCGAUGGAAGCUGCCAACGCGGAACACCAGUGAAAUGUGGGCAAGCUAUACGACUUACCCAUGUUAACACAGGAAAAAAUUUACACACGCAUCACUUCCCAUCACCGCUCUCCAAUAACCAAGAAGUAAGUGCCUUUGGUGAUGAUGGCGAAGGAGAUGACCUCGAUAUAUGGAUUGUGCAAUGCAGUGGGACUUACUGGGAGCGGGAGGAUGCAGUGCGCUUCAAGCACGUAGGAACUGAGGUGUUCCUUUCAAUAACAGGGGAACAGUAUGGCCAUCCCAUUAGAGGCCAACGGGAAGUUCAUGGCAUGCCUACUGCUAAUCAUCACAACUAUUGGAAAGCAAUGGAGGGAGUCUUCAUCAAACCCAGUACGGACCCUGCAAAACAUGAUGAGCUCUGAAUUGACAGAGGAUCCAAAAUGUUUCAACUUACUCCAAUGUUCGGAGAUGCUAAUCCUUGGUCUCUUAUAAGUCCCGCCUUGCCUGAGUGACUGACUUUCUGUAUUACUGAAGGGCAUUAGUUCAUUCUAGGAAUGCAGCACUUCUGUGGGGAAUGGCAUCGGCCAGGUUCAGCCAUUGAAAUUUAUUUGGCAAAAUCCUUUCUGAAUUUCAAGCUCAAUUGGUGAAACUAGUUUGUACAUCUGUUAGUUUUUGUUGUCAUUUGUUUUGCUUCUUCCUUUGUCUCUAAUUGGAAGGAAAUGGAAAAACUGAAGUAAUACAUUUCUGUAGUCCCAAGUACAAUAAAACUUUGUAUUUUGUAAUCUUUUUCCAAUUAUAAUUAAAUAUUUGGAAACUGAUUUCUACUUCUUAGUGAGAGAAUGUUAUUAAUGAGGAGAUGGAGUAAGUCUAGAAAGGGAAAAAUAGUUCUCAAAUACGGUGUCUUUUGAAUGGCUUGAAGUCAGCUGUUCGGCCUUCCAGAAAAAAAAUGUGGUCCAUUUGAAAAUUGCUUCCAAUGUCUUUCACGAGUUUCAUUGUGUACUGUAUGUUGGAGUAAGAAGACAAAGUUUUAAUUUAUUCUCUUUCUCCAAUAAGUUCAUAUUUCUGGUAGUGGCAAUACUGCUAAUUGUCAAAUGGUAAGACUGCUCAGCUCUAUGAACUGGUGCAGAAAGCUACUGUUUGUUUAGUUAAUAUAAGAAUUUUAUAAAAUUCCAUGUGAUGCGAAGGAA